CCCUACUCGUCCGCAUGGUGUCUCCCAUCCAGUAGCCCUUGGUGUUCAUCCAAAAUGGCGGCGACCGGGAUGCAUGUAGGGCAUAAGUUACACAAAAAAUGCAGAGUUUUACUCACCAAUCUUGAACUGCUGUGGGGUAAAAGGACUUUUGUUGGGAUUUCAGCUGUGCGUCUACAAGCUCUUGAUGCUACGGAAAGUGGAACAGAAUCUACAGAGCAGAUUGUCAUCCCCAGAAAGAAAGUAUGGAGCAAAGAGGCAGUGUUGGAGACUUUGGCUUCCACUGUCCGCAGGGAUCCUACAGCGUACCCCUACCAGUUCCAGGAUGAUCCCUACCUUUCGCCCAAUAAUUCUGCUGAGUUUAAUUUGUACUCUCUCUCUCAAGAGUCUGGAAAAUCUGCAGCUAAAUACUUCAUCAACAAUUACCCAAAGUUUUUCACCAAAGAUUUUGCUGAACCACAUAUACCUUGUCUGAUGCCAGACACCAUAUCACUGCAACUUGACGAGGUGAGCGAAGCAGCGCUGAAAGAAAGGAUUAGCUUGAGAAAAGUCAAGGAUGCUGUUGACAUGUAUGAUCAACUCCUACAAGCUGGGAUAUCCGUGUCAAUGGAGACGACCCAUGACCUCUUGGACCUGAUCUGUCUCUUUUGCGACAAAGACCCUGUCCAGGACGAUGGGAUACAGACAGAAUACAAUGAGGCUAUGAAGUCGGGGAUAGAGGUGAGGAAGAGAGGGAGGUUUCAUCAGUCGUCAGACUUCCUAAAGUUGGUCUGGAGAGACCAGAACAAUGCGGAGAGAAUAUUCAACAUGUUGCCAGAGAAAGACACCCGAUGUUACUCUGCUCUCAUCAGAGGCAUGGUAAAGCAUGGAGCCUAUACCAAGGCCUUCAGCACGUACACAGAUCUGCUUAACAACCGACUGACAGCUGACGUCCACAUUUUCAACGCUCUGCUCUCAGCAGCUCCAGAAGUCAGAGAAAAAUACAUCGAAAAAUGGGAACUCAUCACUGAGAUUUUAAAUCAAAUGAGUCAACAGAAAGUCCAGCCCAACCUGCAGACCUUUAACAGUAUUCUCAAAGCCCUGAGACGUUGUGGCUCUUUGGCCAGAACAAUGGUUAUGCAGACGCUGAGUGAGAUGAAGUCUUUGCAGAUCGUUCCCAGUCUGGCCUCCUUCAACCAUGUGCUGUCUGUAUUUAACAAACCAGGCAUGUCUGUCCAAAUCACAAACAACGUUUUGCAGGAAAUUCUGUCAGAGUUGGCAGGAAAAAGAUUAACCUGUCAGGACCCUGAUGAUGUUUUAUUCUUCUUCAAUGCGAUGAGAUUUUGUUUGGACAGUAAAGAUCUGGAGCUGGCCUAUGAAGUUCAACGCCUGGUGGAGGUCGGGGAGAACUGGAGGCUUUUGGGCGAUCCCUUCCAACAAAAUAAUUACUACAGCCGCUUUUUCAACCUUUUGUGUAUGAUGGAGCACAUCGACAAGGUGCUGAAGUGGUACAGAGAUUUCAUUCCUUCGUUAUACUACCCAAAGUACGAGGAUAUGAUCAUCUUACUGCAGGCUUUGGACACGGACAAUCGUUUGGACAUGCUGCCUACCAUAUGGAAAGAUAUUCGGACUUUUGGUCAAGAUAAUAAAUUGGAGCUGAUCAAGGAGCUUCUCGCCUUGAUGGCCAGAGACAAACACAGUCCUGAGGUCCAAGAGUCUUUUGCUGCUUGUGCCCUGGACGUGAAGAGUGUCUUCGUUGGAAACGACAAUAACAGGUUCAGUCUGGAGUGGAGCACCCCCACUCUUACACAUAUUACCUCCCUGCUGCUGCGAGCUAACAAGAUUCAAGAGGCUUGGGAAAUGAUGCAGCUCUUCAAAGCAAAUAACAGAGUUCCUUCUGAUAAGCUGUUUGAAGACUUCCUGUCUGUAUGCCGGCAAGAUGGUUCUGCCCACACAGCCAUCAAGCUUGUCCAGCUCUCAGCAGCCUUCUGUCUGCAGGCAACACCAAGUCUGGCCAAGCGGACACUGGCUGACUUUGAUUUGAAGGAGGAGCAAAGGAUCAUAUUGUCUGAGCUUGAGACUGUCGCACAGCCUGCAGACUGAAAGAGACGUUCUCAUAUAGAGAAAGCUGAACGGUUCAGGUGAUCGUAUGACGUAUUUAGGACCAGUGUACCUGUAUCUGUGUAAUAGAGUACACAAUGUGACAAAACUCAAUCUAUAAAAGAAAACUUACUUGUAGAUAAGCAGAAGAUGCAUUUGUGUGUUUGUCCUCUGGAGGCUGCGAAUUAUCAGCAAAUGACUACCUUACUGCUGUAUCUUAAAGGAGAACUGCACUUUUUUUUUUUAAUUUUGCUUAUCAUUCACAACCCCUAUGUGAUACAAGCUCCAUUUUUUCUUCUUCUUUUGUGCAUUCUAACUCGUAAAUAAUCUAUCAAUAGUCUGCUAACAAUAGAAGUAAUGGGAUUUCCACUACUCUGCUUAUUCAGCGCUCUAAAAAAACAUCCAACAACUUUCGUCAACAUUUUAUAUACACACUGUAAGCAUAUAUGUAAUGUAGUAACUGGCACUUUAAUAAUAACAUGUAAUAUACAUAUUCUAGUAAUUUUAAGCAUACAGCAGCGUAUUAUUUCACAGAUGCAUCACAACAUUCACUAUUUACUUCAACAACAGUUACUACUUCUACUAAUCAUGGUAGACGUCAUCAGAGACGACAUUGACCACUUUGGGACAAAUGAGGAUCAGAACUUUAUAUUUUUUGGCAUGAAUAUAAAUAGGAUAAUAUACAAUACAAGUUUUAGAAGCUGUGUGCAUAGCAGAUCCAGCUUUGGAGAAACACAAAGGAUCAUGUAGCAUUGUUGCUAAGUGCUAAGCGAGAUGUACAAACUACAAACAUAAUAAAACAAUCACUUACAGUACAAUAUCCGCUCUCAUUGGCAUGCCGACUGAUGGGAUGUUAAUUUCUUCCCGUUUAGAUAUUUCUCACGUGGGGGGGAAAAAAAGCAUUUUUUGUGUCUUUCUCAUGAUCUCCAAGUAAAAGUUGAACAACUUCUUGUCUUAUGUCCACAACUUUUACUAUUCAGGUGAGGGGAAGGAUCUAUAAUCCAAAAUUAACUUUUACAAACUCCAGCUGCUGCUGCUGCUAUUGGGCAGCAUCAGCUCAAUAUGUCAACACUGUAACUGCAUGAGCUAGUUAUCUCUCCGUUAUCACGGCUCCACUAAAAUAAUUUGUCUGUGUUAGCGCUUAUAAUAACAAUAUAGCUGAUACCUGGUUAAUAUUCAGGUCACAAUAUGUAAAUGGCGUAUUGUUGGUGGUGGGUUUUUUUUAAGAGUGCUUAAUGGGCGAAAUAGAGUACUCCCAUUAGCUGUAUUGUUAGCCACCUCGUACUAACCAUAGUUUUUACUUAGAAUGUAUAAUAAUAAUAACAAAAACAUAUGUGUUCUUGUCUUACAUAGAGAUUGUGGAUGAUAUACAAAAUUCUCCCAAAAAGUGGAGUUCCCUUUUAAAUUUGAAAAACAUGAGUUGUCAUGAACAUUACUUUUCAUUGAAUAAUACAGCAGCACAUUGUCACACUGCCCAAAAACUGAACAUGUUGACAUAAUUUUCUCUUGGCGAUAACACUAACUUCCUGAAAAAAGUGAUUAGCUAUUUCCUGCAGAAUGUCAAAAAUGUUUAAAAGGUCUAAAAUGCAACAA